CUCGCUCUGCGCCGCUUGGACCCAUGACACCGCCGAUCGAGGCGGCCAAGGCGCGCCUCACCGAACUCGAGGUGCGCCUUCCGUGGACGAGCGUCAAAAAGUCGUGGGGCCCGCGCCGCGAGCAGUGGGUCAGCCAGGUCCUUGCCAUUGUCACCAGUGAGGCACUCGGCGCCCAGCUCCUUUCGCUCGAGGCUGCCAUCAAGUCGGAGACGCUGGAGCCGACGUGGCAAGAGGCGCGCGAGGGGUGGAAGGGGCGCGUGGGCGCGGCACACUCCGGCGAGGCGGUCGAGCGGCUCAUCAUCGAGCUGGAGAGGGCCGUGCAAUGGAAGCUGCUGCAGCUGAACCGCGCAGGCACCGUCGCGCGGCCGCUCCCUCCCGCCACCGCGUGCGACGGGGGCGGCCCGCCCCCCGAGGGGGUGCCCCGCGCCGCGCUGCGCAUCAUGCUCCUCCUCCGCGCGAUGGGCGUCCGCUCCUACUCACCCGCCGUCGCGCUGCAGCUGUACGAGGUUGCGCAUGCGUACGGCGCCGAGCUGCUCCACGACGCGUCGCACUACGCUCGCGCGCGCCGCCUCCACGCCUCGGGCCUCCCCACAGCGCAGAGCGCCGACGCCGCGGGCGCGCGCAAGCGGCCGCUCGAGUCUGGUGCGCCAGAGCUGGACGGACCGAUCGAGACGGCGGACGUGGCGCUCGCCGCGCGGAUGCGCGCCGCGCGCGCCUUUGUGCCGCCGCCGACGCGAGAGGUGCUCGCGCAACACGCGGCUGAGUGCAACCUGCAGCCGCUCCCCUUCCUCGGCGCGCGGCCGAGCGGCUUGCGCCCGCCGCCGACCGAUGAUGAGCGAGGCGGCGACGAGAGCGCCGGAUAAGAGCGGUACAAAACGUGGGGUCAUCCUCGGUGGAGUUUAUUAAAUUAGAUAUUAUUGAGCACAGGUCUCUCGUGUGUCGUGUGCUGAUGAGCUUAGGGGACCCCUAGGCUUAAAAGGGUGGGCCCUGGGGCGCCUGCGGCUU